AAAACUACUCACAAGUUGCUGAAAACUCUUCGACAGCCCACAACCGGUUUCGCCAUUCUUGGGGCUCAUCAGCGCAGUAUCAACGUCCGCCGCACACCAAACAACGGCGAGCGGAAUGAUGGCUCAGUAGCGUGGGUUCCAUCCGACGGUCUCGUGAUUCGCAUUGGACCUCCCACACCCCCAGCCGGCCUUUUGCUCUCACCAACCGCAACUGGACACCAGACGCAGGCUGCACACCUUCGACAAACUGGUCAGACAGCACUGGACUGGCACAGCAGUCCAUCUAAUCCAGGCAAAGCCGGCGGAGGACACGUUCGGGUCACAUUCAGGUGCCAUCCUGGCCGUCUUGAACCGCCCCAGAGCCUUCUGGCGGUCGGCUGGUGUGUCGAAGUUCACAGCGAAGGCCUUCCUCAGAGAGAAAACUGCCACAUCAAUUCAAAAAAUAUACAAACCUCGACAGUAAAUACUCGUUCAAAACAAAUGGUCUUCUUGGAAUACAAAAGUACAGACAAAAUGAGCAAACAGGCUCGCACGUGA